UCUAAGCUGCCCAGCUCGCUGUGAUAGUUAGUUGCAAUUAAAAGUAGACGAAGAACUAUCGAGUCAAACAAAGACGCAUCCCUGCCGUACAGUUUUUUUAUUGAUGCUUUAGAUGGAAUAGAAGAGAGGUGGCAGCCGGUGCACGAUGGUUGGAUGCACAGGGUGCAGAGAAUAAUACUACCUUUCACCAUCACCACCUUAAUAACAGCACGGCCCACCUCCUCCCUCCCCAGUCCCCACCCUACUCUUCUUCUAAUUUUUGUUCUCGCUCACACCAUUAAUGGCGGCGACCACCCUCCACAGGCCCAAGCGACCCGUGAACGGCUCCACCGCCCCCAUGCUCUCGCUCUCCCCCUCCCUCCUCCUCCUCCUCCUCCUCCUCCUCUCCGCCUCCUUCUUCCUCCUCCUACUCCACCAUUCCCCUUCCUUCUCCUCCUCCUCCUCCUCCUGCUCCCCCUCCUUCCCCAGCAAGAGAACCAAUCUCCGAAGCUCCCGCUCCGACCCCAAGCCAUGGUCGGGGGACCUGCGCGACGCGGAGUUCUCCUGGAACAGCUUACACUUCUCCGACUCGGCGCCCCCUCCCGCGCUUCUCAGGAUCGCCGUGUUCUCCCGCAAGUGGCCCGUCGCCUCCGCCCCGGGGGGCAUGGAGCGCCACGCCCUCACCCUCCACUCCGCCCUCUCCGCCCGCGGCCACCGCAUCCACGUCUUCACCUCCGCCGCCGACGACGACGCCGGCGGCGGUUCCGCUAAUUCCACCGGCGGCGGCGCCGGCGGCAUCCGGCUCCACUUCCUGGCGGGCCCGGCGGGGCAGUGGCGCUGCGACGAGGCGUGGGCGCUGUACGAGGCCGAGGCGGCGGCCCACGGCGCCUUCGACGCGGUCCACUCGGAGAGCGUGGCCGUGUUCCACCGGCGCGCGCGCGGCGUGCCCAACCUGGCGGCGACGUGGCACGGGAUCUCGCUGGAGUCCCUCCACUCCGGGAUCUACCAGGACCUGGCGCGCGCGCCCGGCGAGCCCCUCUCCCCGGCGCUGAACCGGUCCCUCGCCCUGUCGGUGUUCAAGGUGCUCGACGAGAUCCGCUUCUUCCGCAGCUACGCGCACCACGUGGCCAUCAGCGACGCGGCGGGGGACAUGCUCCGCGACGUGUACCAGAUCCCGGGGGGGCGGGUGCACGUGAUCCUGAACGGGGUGGACGAGGCGCAGUUCGGGCCGGACCCGGCGGCGGGGCGGGCGUUCCGCGCGGCGGCCGGGGUGCCGGAGGAGGCGGCGGUGGUGCUGGGGGUGUCGGGGCGGCUGGUGAAGGACAAGGGGCACCCGCUGCUCUACGAGGCGUUCGCGCGGCUGAGCCUGCGCCACCCGGGCGCGUACCUGCUGGUGGCGGGGUCGGGGCCGUGGGCGCAGCGGUACGCGGAGCUGGGGCGGAACGCGGUGGUGGUGGGGGCGGUGGAGGCGGGGAGGCUGCGGGGGUUCUACAACGCGGUGGACGUGUUCGUGGACCCGACGCUGCGGCCGCAGGGGCUGGACCUGACGCUGAUGGAGGCGAUGCAGUGCGGGAGGGCGGUGGCGGCGACGCGGCUGCCGAGCGUGAAGGGGAGCGUGGUGGUGGACGACGAGUUCGGGUUCACGUUCGCGCCCAACGGGGAGGCGCUGCUGGACGCGCUGGAGCGCGCGGUGGCCGAGGGCCCGCGGAGGCUGGCGGAGCGGGGGAGGGCCUGCAGGGACUACGCGGCCUCCAUGUUCACCGCCACGAAGAUGGCGCUGGCGUACGAGAGGCUCUUCCUCUGCAUCAAGAACGAGACCUACUGUAAUUACCCUUAAUUAUUUACCCUUCUUCUUCUUCUUGAACAUUUUAUUAUUUCCUUCUUCCUUCUUCCUUCUUCCUUCGGUGGGGGUGGGGGUAGGGAUGGGGGAAGAUUUUCCCAAUUUCUUGUGAUUUUUAAAGAGGAUAGAUAAAUUGUUCUAACGUUAAUUAAUAAUAAUAAUAAUAAUAACGACGGAUGAGAAUAUUGAGGAAUUCCACUCCAUU